AUGACAUCAUUGGAGGCACUUGUUAUGUUCCUUUGGACUUGCACACAUAGUGAAACUAAUCGAAAUGUUCAGAAUAAAUUCGGAAAAUCAGGAGAGACUGUGAGUAGAAAGUUUGGGGAAGUUGUGGAAAGUUUAUGUUUAUUAGCAAAGGAAAUUGUAAGGCCUCCGGAUUUUGACUUCGCAGAAACUCCCUCUAAGAUAAAAAAUGAUCGUAGGUAUUGGUCUCAUUUUGAAGGGUGCAUUGGUGCAAUAGAUGGAACACAUAUUCCAGCAUUGUUCCUACUAAAGAUCAAAUUCGUUAUAUUGCCCGAUACUGCACAUGACACUCGUAUUCUUUCAUCUGUGAUUGAAGAAAUGAAAAGUGUGUUCCCACAUCCUCCUGAAGGAAAAUAUUAUUUGGUUGAUGCUGGAUAUCCAAACAUGAAAGGGUACCUUUCACCAUACAAAGGUGAAAGAUAUCACAUUCCUGAUUUUAGAGAUGGUAGUCAAGCAGAAGGUAUCCAUGAAGUGUUCAACCAUGCACAUUCUUCAUUGAGAAAUGUCAUUGAAAGAACAAUUGGAGUUUGGAAAAAAAAGGUGGCAUAUCUUAUGUGA